AUGGCAAUCGACACCCUCCUCUUUGACUGCGACAACACGCUCGUUCUCUCAGAGCACCUCGCCUUCGAAGGUUGCGCCGAGCUCGUCAACAGUCUCAUCAAAGCGCACGCCCUCCCGCUGGAGCCCUUCACGGGUCCGACUCUGCAGCAGAAAUACGUCGGCCAAAACUUCCGCGGCAUGCUCUCCUCCCUCGCCUCUGAGUACUCGCUCCCCAUAACGCAGGAAGAGCUCGAAGUCUACGUCAAGAAGGAGGAAGAAGUCGUCAUUGCCAAGCUUCAAGCGGCGCUCGAGCCGUGCGAGGGCGUGAAACCCGUUCUGGACGAUCUGGAACGGAGUGGGAAGUACACCCUCGCCGUCGUCUCUUCCUCGGCGCUGAGGCGCGUCAAUGUGUCGCUCGAGAAGACGGGUCUGGCGGGAUACUUCGGCGACAGGGUGUACUCGGCCGCGACCUCCAUGCCGGAACCAAGCUCCAAGCCCGAUCCUGCAAUUUACAUAUUUGCGCUGGCGAAACUGGGCAAGAACGCAGAUACGGCUGUGGCUGUCGAGGACUCGAGGAGUGGGACGACAUCUGCGGUUCGUGCAGGGAUCAAGACGAUUGGGUACCUUGGCGCAUACCCGCCGGAGGAGAGGGAGGACAUGGGACGGGUGUUGAAGGAGGCGGGGGCUGUUGUUAAUAUCAACCACUGGGAUGAGUUUGAGGAUGCCCUGAAGAAGUUUUAG